GCACGGCCCCAGUGCUGGAGUUCAAGGAGCAUCUGGGCACCAUUGUCAGAUAUGGGGUUUGAUUUUGGGUUUUCCUGUGUGGAGCCAGGAGCUGUACUCGAUGAUCUUGUGAGUCCCUUCCAGCUUAGUAUUCCAUGGUUCUAAACAGAUGUGGCCAUUUAGGUUGCCCUACAAGCCUACAAAGCCAAUGGAUCUGACUGCUUCUGGGCAAGAUUUUGCUGCUGAGUAUUAGAGAAUGCCUUGGCUAUGUGUAUGUCUGAAAGCCUCUUGAGCCCAUACCCUGAGGUCUUGCAUUUGUUGUAUGCAGAAGCAGCAGGCAGUGUAUGCCUGUCCUCAGACACAGCAUCGCACAGGAAGAAAUGCCACACUGUGCCUCCAGCACAGCUAAGCCAUGGUUUUCAGUAUUUCUGGUUGGAAAGACCAGUCAUGAAUGACCAUGUUUUCCUGAAACAGGCAGAGAGCUGCAUUUCAGACAGUGCAGUGUAAACCUGAAAAAAAACGCAUAAAAUGUGGAAGUUUGAAUAGAGAUUCUAAGUACCACCGUGUUGCUUUAUGUGCUGCAGUACAGCCAAGAGGAAGUGCAAGUAUUUGCUCUCCAUUAGAUAAAAAUUUUGCUGAAAAUGAAAGUACAGAAGACCAGUUCAAGUGGUUGAAGCUCGUCUUUGUGCUUCAUUAGUGAAAUGGAAAUGUAACAAAUGUGUUGAUAAUUACCAGUUCUUUGUUGUGGUCUGUUAAUGCCCUUUCUGAAUAAUAACUUGUUUUAAGAAACCAGUUUCACCUGCAGGACGAUGUGAUUUUUAUAACCUGAUCAUGACUUUUAUUGCCACAGGUUGCUUGACUUUUGUGUGAGAAGUUUUAUUUGCUAAUAGAGUCAUGACCUGGAAGCCAUAGGAACUUCUGGAUAUGCAGAGAUAAGGUGCUGGCAAGGCAGUAAGAACUUCAGGCCUGAAACAUACUCCAGACAUUGCGAGGCCAUGGUCUGGGCCCCUUCUUGCACAAGAUAAGACAAAAUCAGCCCCUGCCAAAUAGGCUCGGAGUGUGGUUCCAAAUGUCCAGUCCUCCUUGCAGGACUACAGUGCUUUGCAUUUACAACAUGGAGUUAGGAGCUUGUGUUUUUGUCUUUGGUUUUUUGUCUCUAUUGACUUGUUGGUUACUGUCUUCCCAGGAAACAUUUAGGAGGAGGUUUGAGUGUGGUCUGUGCAGCAGGUGCAGGGAUGUGCAGCCUCCUGUGAACACAUAGCACUGAAACCUUUUGUAAGAUGCAAGAAGUCUUUUUGCCACUGCUUAUGCUGAAACUGUUAAGAGUAACCUGUUGAACAUUUAGUUUUCUGUGGUGGCCGUUGCCUUAUCCCACAGUAUUUUAAGGAAACCACGUGAAUAGGCUUAAGACUUCAGAUCCUCACGAGGAGGCAGGAACCUGCAGCUGGGAGUGGGAGCAGGGAGGAAGGCAGGGUAGGAGACUCCUGGCAGGAAAGCUGACGGAUUGCACAAUCUGAUGGAGGGCACGGGGGAGGAGGUGGAGCACACCCAACAAGAUUAGCAAGUCCAUUCACUUUCAGAGGAGGGAGAUAACAAGGAUACAAUGUGCCUCACAGCCCAGAAAGCCAAACAUUGCCCAGAGGUGGUGGAAGCCCAUCCCUGGAAAUGCUCAAGGUCAGACAGGACAGGGCUCUGAGUAACCUGAUGUAGCUGUAGGUGCCACUGUUUAUUGCAGAGGAGUUGGACAAGAUGACCUUUAAAGAUUAUUUUCAACUCAAUUCUAUGAUUAUAUGACACUGUGAAAAGCAAAAGGCACGGCAAAAAUAUGUGUUAGAAUAAUGAAGCAGACCCUUGAUCUGGUCAGCACAAGGGAGCUGAGUUCAUUGUUGUCAUUCAGCUGACUGGGGGCCAUCAGCUUUGAUUUCUGUAAUGAGGUGAAGGAUAAAGAUGAGAGAGGCUCAUACCUCAGCCUGUUGGGUGGCAGUCCCUAAAAUUCCCAGGUUAAGCCAGUCCUUUGGUUUUGGCAGGUGUGCUUUCUUCAGAGAUUUUGUGUUAUCUCACUUCCCACUGUUUGUCAGGAGAGCUGCUCCUGUAUCCUACCAACUUUCAGGCUAAGGAGGACGUGCCUGGUGCUGACUUUACCAGCUUGGCUGAUGACAGUGUCGUUCCAUUGCACAUCCUGGUCAUAGUCCUGGUACAUCAUUUGUCAUCCUGCUGGGAUGGCCCUGCUGUUAGCACACAGGGAGGCUCAGCUUGCCUGCUUGGGUUACAGACACACCUUAUGGCCACACAGCCUUUUGUCAUCUUACUCAACUGCUGGCUCAGGCUUGCUGUGAAAUAACUGUGGCUAGUUCCUGUUGUAGUACCUGUAAUAAAGGAUCAGUUGUUUCUGUCGAGGGGCUUCAGCUGGAAUUAGAAGAAACAGGAGGAUUUGUACUACAUUUUAAGUCAAACUGAAUCAAUGCCGUCGUAAUUGCACUGUUUCCCUGCAUGCCAGGGAAUGUAAUUCACAGAUGUGCAUGAGCCUGACUGCUGGGUGAGCUGCUGUAGGAAGCUCAGCAAUUAACAAAAACAAAGAGAACGAUUUGAAGGUACAAGAACAAGAUCUAAAGGGAAGUCUUCCAAGUUUGCAGCCUACAAUUGCAUGGCUUGUGGAAGAUCUUUAAUACACGUUCUGAACAGCAGCUAAGGUUUUCACAAGCACGUAACUGUGUCGCCUACAAUUUGAUACCAGCUGUAGAUGGCUCAACUUCCUCCCGGGAUUCGCUUCAUCACUUCAUUUUCACGAGAUCAGUGGUAUAGAGCCUUCAUUUUCACUCUCACCUUCCUCUUAUAUGCCAGCUUCCAUUUAUCAAGGAAACCUAUCAGUAUAGUUAAGGGAGAACUGCAUAAGCAUUGUGCUGCUUCACAUGAAGUUGAGCUCAGCUCCUACAGAGAAUAUGCUGCCCAGAUUCAGUCUGUCAGAAAGCUGUCUAAUGCAUCCCAAUGUGGAUGGGAGCCAUUUGAUAAGAAUAACUACAAGCAGCUACUGGGAGCACUGGAUUACUCAUUUCUGUGUGCAUAUGCAAUUGGAAUGUAUUUAAGUGGAAUAAUAGGAGAACGGCUGCCCAUCCGGUACUAUCUGACAGUUGGAAUGCUUGCUAGCGGGCUCUUCACUGCCAUGUUUGGAUUGGGUUACUUCUGUAAUAUACAUAAUCUGUGGUUUUACAUAAUGGCCCAGAUAGCUAAUGGAUUGGUGCAAACUACUGGCUGGCCAAGUGUUGUUACAUGUAUUGGCAACUGGUUUGGAAAAGGAAGGAGAGGCUUGAUCAUGGGAAUCUGGAAUUCACACACAUCAGUGGGAAAUAUCUUGGGAUCCUUAAUUGCUGCUUAUUGGGUAUCUACAUGCUGGGGCCUCUCCUUUGUGAUGCCGGGUGUUAUCAUUGCUGUGAUGGGGAUUGUUUGUUUCCUCUUUCUUAUUGAACAUCCUAAAGAUAUAAGUUGCUCCUGCACACCAUCCAGUCGUGAUCAUGAGCCCAGUAUUUCUACAGAGUUUGUAGUGAGUUCUAAAGCAUUCGUGAAUGGUGCAUCUCGAUUCAGAGUCCAGAUGCCAACCUUAAAUGACAAGGAAACUAUCAAGUCGCAGGAUCCAGAGAUGCUGCAUUUGCUUAUGGACAGUGAAAAUUCCAUGACGUCACAGAACUCCAGCGCUGUGGGCACUGGUGAAGGCAGACAUGGGACAUCAGCUAUCAGCUUCCUUGGGGCUUUGCGAAUACCUGGAGUCAUAGAGUUUUCCCUCUGCCUUUUGUUUGCAAAGCUUGUGAGCUAUACUUUUCUCUUCUGGCUUCCCCUCUAUAUCACAAAUGUAGAGCACCUUGAUGCCAAAAGAGCUGGGGAUCUUUCUACACUGUUUGAUGUGGGUGGAAUCUUUGGUGGAAUUUUGGCAGGCCUGAUUUCAGACAGACUAGAGAAGAGGGCAUCGACCUGUGGAAUGAUGUUAUUGCUUGCAGCACCCACAUUGUACAUGUUCAGUACAGUCAGUAAAAUGGGCCUCGAGGCUACUGUAGUGAUGCUGCUUAUCAGUGGUGCCCUGGUGAAUGGCCCUUAUGCACUGAUUACCACUGCUGUCUCCGCUGACUUGGGUACCCAUAAAAGCCUGAAAGGAAACGCAAGAGCCUUGUCCACAGUGACAGCAAUCAUCGAUGGAACAGGAUCUGUAGGUGCGGCUUUGGGGCCUCUCUUGGCUGGUCUCAUUUCACCAUCUGGUUGGAACAAUGUGUUCUACAUGCUCAUGGUGGCAGAUGGGUGUGCCUUGCUAUUCUUACUCCAUCUCAUUCAGAAGGAACUUCGGUGUAAUGCAGAUCAUACCCUGUUUAAGGAACACUGAGUUGAGAGACCAGAUUUGGAACAAGGACUGCGUAAGUGACCAGAGCUCUUCCCUGAAAAAACCCUUAAUGGAACGUGUCACUCUAUACGUUAGAGGUUCUGUUCGGUGAAGAAUUUUGCACGUUUACUGGAAGCAAUUUGAGAAAUGCAACUGGUAAAUCCCUGAAGCUCUUAUUUUUGCACAUGAAUAAGUACCUCAGGAUGGCAACUAUUCAUCAGAUGAAGGGACAGGAACUUUGGGAAGCUUUGAGCAGGACCGCCUCAACUGAGCCAAAGAGAAAUACCAAGUGCCUUUUUUAUUUCUUUUGAUAGGAAGUUUUUAAUGAAAA